AGCACAGAGCAUCCAGCAGCAUGAAGGUCGCGGUGGCAGCAGUGUUGGUGUUGACGGCGCUGGCGUCGGCGAGCGCGUAUCCGCGCUUCCUGGCCAUCCCCCUGGACGGUGAGGCCGACAUCGCGCUGCUGGAGGAGGCGGGAGCGGCGGCCAGAGCCCCCCGAGCCGCCCCCGCACUGCCGGAAGAGGCGGCGCGCGUCGAGCGCGGUGCGCACCACCACCUGGGAGGAGGCGGGGGCGGAGACGGCGGCCACCACCACGGUGACUACGUCGACUUCGGCGCGCACACUGGCCACCACGGCGCCUUCGGCUGGUACGCCGACUUCCCCGUCAUCACCCACGGUCACUAGUCGCCCUUAAUGUACCCUGCUUGCUGUUAUGUUUUUAGAAUAAACUUUGUUACGUUUGUAGAAGCAA